CAUGCGACUGAUCCUGUCAGUCUUGCCAAACUUGUCCGUUGUUUACGCGUCUUGUCGCUUGUCAUAUUUUUAUUGGUGCUGCGGCUGUGUCGAGAGCGUGUAACUCGCUGUUGAAAUUGAUGAUUUUGUUACCGUUUCGUUGAGACUUUAUCUUAUCGUAUAAUUAUAAUAAUCUAAACGAUUCUUGAGUUCGUGUAGGAACUUACAAUUGGUCGCGGUUCAUUCGCCGCUGCCAUGUCGAAGUCGUCCGGGUCCAACGAUUUGCGCGCAGAGUUGGCCGAACUCGUCAAACGUAAAUCGGACAUCGCUGAAACUUUAGCCAAUCUUGAACGUCAAAUAUAUGCAUUUGAAGGAAGUUAUUUGGAAGACACUCACUUAUAUGGUAAUAUCAUUCGUGGAUGGGAUAGAUAUCUUACAUCAGCCAAUAAGCUUCCCAACUCCAAAAAUGAACCACGUAACAGAAAAUUCAAAGAAGCUGAACGUCUAUUCUCUAAAUCUUCUAUUACUUCCAUGGCUGCAGUUAGUGGCCUUGUAGAAGCUCAAGAAAAAGCCGAAAUAAACAGUGAAACUGAGUCACAAACUGGCAAUAGUGGUAGUGAAGAUAACACAGCUAAGGAAAGUGGAAAAACCAAUAGCUUAACAAAUGGUCCAACUACUCCGAGAAACCCAUUGGCAUCUGCCAAACGAGCUUCUAGUACAAAGAAAGUUAAGAAUCGAUGAUCUUCAUUCAACAAACUCAAUAGAGUUUUAAAACAGUUCCAGCGACCUCAAUGAGAACAUACGUUAAAUUAAUUAUUUAACAAUCAACGAUUUUGUUAAUACGCAUGAUACUGUAAUAAUAUUUAGAAUUAAGAAAUUUAUAUUUAGAUAAUUCUAAAUGACUAUGAAUUAAGGUUUUAAGAUUGUUAACUUUUUAAGAAAUAGGAUACUUAUUACCUUUUUUCAAUUCUAAUAAUUACUGUAACUUCAAACAAUUUAAUUAAAUAAAAUAACAUUACUUUUACAAA